CAACGUUUAAAUGAACGUUUGGAGCUCUACAGUUUAGAGAACAAUAGGGACAUCCCAGGCGAUGGCAAUUGUCAGAUGCAUGCAUUAUCUGACCAAAUUUAUGGCGAUUUGAACCAUAGUUUCGAAAUCAGAAGAGCUAUUGCUACAUGGCUCAUUAAAAAUAAAAAUCUCGUUCUUUCAAAUGGUGCAAAAUUAUCCCAAUUUGCAGUUACUACAAAUUGGAAUAAGUAUUGCAACCAAAUGGCAAGAAGGGGUACAUGGGGAGACCACUUAACAUUACUCGCCGCUGCUGAGGUUUUCAAAUCUCAAAUCACCGUAAUUUCUUCAGUUGAAUCCGAUAGCAGCUCUUUCAUUGAAAUUAUUCCAAAAUCAAUUGAAAAAAAUAAAGUAAUCUUUUUAUCUCACCAUGCAGAGCAACACUAUGGUUCUUUACGUCAAAUA